AUGUAUAUAUAUGUAUACAAGCAUCAUAAAGCUCCCUGCUUUAUAUUUUAGCUCAUAUAUUCUCAUUCUCCCUUUUCUCUCUCUUCUCUCUCUCUCUGGUGUGUGUUAGGCAUAAGGGGGUUGAUGUAUGUGUGAUACUACAAAAACCUUUACAAAAGAGAAAGAAGGAAAGAAAAAUCAAAGAAUUAAUACAAGAAUGGAUUUUUCUUCCAUUCCAGCUUAUCUUGAUUCAUCCAACUGGCACCUUCAGCAUCAGAAUCAUCAAAUAAUUGGAAUCGGCGGCAACUCGAACCCUUUACUUCCACCACCAACACGGCCUGCCGGCCAUGCGCAACCUCCGCCGCCGCCGCCACUUCCUCCGCAGCCUCACGGCGGCGGAUCAGCUGCUGGUUCAAUCCGACCGGGAUCUAUGUCGGAGCGUGCACGCAUGGCCAACAUACCGAUGCCGGAAACCGCUCUCAAAUGCCCCCGCUGCGAAUCGACGAACACGAAGUUCUGCUACUUCAACAACUACAGCCUCUCCCAGCCCCGCCACUUCUGCAAAACCUGCCGGAGGUACUGGACCAGAGGCGGAGCGUUGAGGAGCGUUCCGGUGGGCGGCGGCUGCCGUAGAAACAAAAGAUCAAGCAAAUCCACCACGUCGAAGUCUCCGGCUAGCAGCGACCGUCAAACCACCACCUCCAGCUCAACCAGCACCGUCUCCACCAACAACGGAACCACCACCACCACCACCAACACUGCUAAUAUCUUAGGCCUCACUCCACAACUCCCCCCUCUCCGCUUCCUCUCCCCGUUAAGCCAACUCACCGAUAACUUCGCCGGCGAAAUGGGUUUGAAUAACUACACCGGAAUUUCCGCUCCGGCUGUUGGUCCAAACGAAAUGAACUUCCACAACAUCGGCGGCAUUAAUGAACCGUGGCGGAUGCAGCAGGUGCAGCAGUUCCCCUUCUUCGGCGGUUUAAAUUUGGACUCAGGGAUCAACUACCAGUUCCACGGCGGCGAUUUAGGGUUUGGCGGCGGCGAGAUGAGCCAUCAUCAUCAACAACAACAACAAGUGAGGGCGGCGCCAAAACUUUCAAGCUCGUUCUUAUCACAGCUGGCAUCGGUGAAAAUGGAAGACAACAACCGCGAACUGAGUUUAUCGAGGCAGCUGUUAAUGGCAGGAAGUAUUAAUAACAAUGAUCAGUGGAUUAAUAAUAAUAAUAAUAACGCGGAAAACACUAGUGCUAAUAAUAACUGGACUGAUCUUUCCAGUUUCAGCUCUUCUUCCACUAGCAAUCCCUUGCAAUAAUCUUUUCGUCUGUGCGCGGAAUGAUCGAUUAAUCCGAUCCACUCGCGAAAACGAGGUGAUCGAAUGCCGCCCGCCCUUAUAUAUAUUUAUAAUAUAUGCGUAGCUAGAUGGAAUUGCUUUAAUUAAUGUACUGUUUUGGGCUCCGAAGAAAACCCUAGAAUUGU